CUGCCACGCUCCUCCCCUCCUUCUCUUGCUCAACAAUGGCAGGCAUCUUCGAACAGCCGCGGAAUGCGGAUACUCUCUUCUUGGGAGGGCAGAAAAUCACCGGUGCUGAUGUCCGGGAACAGAACGUUCUUGCAACGCAGGCCAUUGCCAAUGUCGUCAAGAGCUCGUUCGGCCCCUCGGGCUUGGACAAAAUGAUGGUGGAUGAUAUCGGUGAUGUUACUGUCACUAACGAUGGCGCCACCAUCCUGAGUCUGCUUGACAUUGAACACCCCGCCGGGAAGAUCCUCGUCGACCUGGCUCAACAGCAGGAUAAGGAGGUUGGUGAUGGUACCACGUCCGUUGUUCUGAUCGCCGCCGAACUCCUCCGACGAGCCAACGAACUGAUGAAGAACCGUAUCCACCCUACGACCAUCAUCACCGGCUACAGACUGGCGCUCAGGGAAGCCGUCAAGUACAUGAACGAGAACAUUACCACAAAGGUCGAGACGCUUGGGAAGGACAGCUUGAUCAACAUUGCCAAGACGUCGAUGUCCAGCAAGAUCAUUGGCUCCGAUGCCGACUUCUUCGCCAAAAUCGUUGUCGAUGCCAUGCUCCAGGUCAAGACUAUCAACCAGAGAAACGAGGUCAAGUACCCCGUCAAGGCCGUGAACCUGCUGAAGGCUCACGGUAAGAGUGGAACGGAGUCUAUGAUGGUCAACGGCUAUGCUCUGAACUGUACCGUGGCUUCUCAGGCCAUGAAGACCCGGGUAACCGACGCCAAGAUCGCUUGUCUGGACAUGAACUUGCAGAAGGAGAGAAUGAAGCUCGGCGUCCAGAUCACCGUCGAAGACCCCGAUCAGCUGGAGAAGAUCCGUGAGAGAGAAUCUGGUAUCGUUCUUGAGCGGGUCGACAUGAUCCUUAAGUCUGGAGCCAACGUCGUUUUCACCACCAAGGGUAUCGAUGAUAUGGUCCUCAAGGCUUUCGUCGAGAAGGGUGCCAUGGCCGUCCGUCGCUGCAAGAAGGAGGAUCUGAGACGCAUUGCCAAGGCCACUGGCGCCACUCUGAUCAGCUCGCUCUCGGACCUUAAUGGUGAUGAGAAGUUCGAGGCCUCGAACCUGGGACAUGCAGAGGAAGUCGUGCAGGAGCGGAUAUCGGAUGACGAGUGUAUCCUGGUGAAGGGUACCAAGGUCCACAACUCGGCCUCUGUCAUCCUGCGUGGACCCAAUGACUUCAGCUUGGACGAGAUGGAGCGUUCGGUGCACGAUUCCCUGUGCGCUGUCAAGCGAACAUUGGAGAGCGGUAGCAUCGUGCCCGGCGGUGGUGCUGUCGAAACGGCCCUUCACAUCUACCUUGAAGAGUUUGCCGUCACGGUGGGCUCCCGGGAACAACUCGCCAUCGGUGAAUUCGCUCAGUCCCUCCUGGUGGUUCCUAAGACCUUGGCCGUCAACGCAGCAAAGGACUCGUCUGAGCUCGUCGCUCAGCUCCGUGUGCGCCACGCUCUUUCCCAGCGGGUGCAGGACGGUGAUGCCAACGAGGAAGAGAAGGCCAUUGCCAAGAAGAAGACGUACCGCAACUACGGUCUGGAUCUGAUGAAGGGACGCGUUCACGAUACGCUCAAGGCCGGUGUGCUGGAGCCCAGCAUGGGUAAGGUUAAGCAGCUCAAGAGUGCUGUCGAGGCCUGUAUCGCCAUCAUGCGUAUCGACACGAUGAUCAAGCUGGACCCGGAGCCGCAGCAGGAUGAUGGACACGGUCACUAAGGCCCCGCUGUCGAUCUCAAAUUAAAUUGCCUGUCUGCCUUUUACGGAGUUCUAGACUCAGGGUGAAGAAGAAAAAAGUAUAAUAAGAUGUUAUGAGUACAAAUUUUUACUGCCGUGUUAAUGCCCACACUCGUACACUUUUCUUGGCCGCGAUUAGGACCAUUG